AUGCUCUGUAGCGCUAUUGCUGAAUACUAUCAUCAGUCUCUUCGUGGUAAGUUUUUUCAGGCUGAGGAGCAACUGGUUUGGGGUCGUCAGCUGGGAUGGGACCCGUACGAUCGUCAGUUACCGACGUGGGAGUCUCCUAGCGAGUCUCGCGGCGCAGCAUGCCAACGCGCGUACCGAGCUCGACCCCUAUUUCUCAUAUGCCAUAAAGUGGUUCUACGGAAACCGGAAGAGCACCUCAACGAUGCGCAUGGGCGCCUGGACUGCACGCUCGGGUGA